AGCAUGUUUGGUUUCGGCGUCGGUUGUUGAUGUCGCUGUCAGAAGUCAGGCUGUCCGCCGCACUCAGAGCAGCUAGCAGGUGACAAUGCAGUUCCUUGGCCGGCUGCUGGACACCGUCUCCUCUGUGUCGACCCUCUUCACCAACCCUUACCGGGUCAGAGAUGUUCCACUGUCUGAUUAUGGAGGAGGAGGAGGCAAAGUUCUGCUGAAAGAGGAAGGUCGCAUUGUCCUGUACAAAAACACACAGUAUCAGUCAUGGGAUUGCAUACUCAAGUCCGCAGAGACACCAGCUGUUGCUCUAAGGCUGUUUCAGGUGGGGUCAGAGGUAGAUGCCAUGAACUGGUUCCCCCAGUAUGCCCUCAAACUUCGACCUUUCUACGAGAUUCUCCCUCUGAAGGCUGAUACAGUGCAGACAAUCGUUGACUGCAUCCGUAACCAUCCCGACUGGAGCUCUGCUCACAUAGCUGUAGAGACUGGCAUGAGAGAAUGUCUCAAACAUAACUACGUCCAAAGCCAGAUCAAUAAUCGGGAUGUAUCAGGUCAGACACCUCUGCACCUGGCAUGUGAGCGAGGAGACCUGGCAUGUGUGAAGGAGCUGUUGGAGGAGAGUCAGGCCCGCACCGACAUCAAAGACCGACAUGGAGAAACCCCCAUGCAUUACGCCUCCAAGCAGGACUCUCCUGUCAUCAUCCAGGCUCUCUGUUCACGGUUGUGCUCAGGAGUGAACGAGCUCAACGACAACGGAGAAACACCGCUCCAUGUGGCCUGCCGUCUGGGCCGUGUGGAGUCCGUCAAAGCCUUGUUGGAGGGCGGGGCAAAGUGUGAUAUCAAAGGCAGUAUGGGAAAUCCUAUCCACACCGCUAUGAAGUACAGUGAGAAGGGCUGCGUGGAAGAGAUUCUCAAAGCCGACCCAUCGCAACUCCAAGCUGAGGACUCUGUGUACGGAGGGACGCCACUGCACUGGGCUAAAACAGCAGAGAUGUGCCGCAUGUUGUUGGACCGUGGCAGUGAAAUAAAUUACCUCAGUAAGACUGGAGAGAGCGCCCUACACAUUCUGACUAAAAAAGGCCGCUUUGAGGCCGCCAUGGUGCUUCUCACCCACGGGGCCAACGCCAACCUGAAGGGGCAGGAUGGAAACACGGCUCUUCACCUGGCUAUGAAGAUGGACCACAUGGAGUUGAUCAAGGGUCUGAUCGUGUUUGGGGCCGAUGUUGAAAUCCACAAUGACCUUGGAGAAACGCCUGGGUUAAUCGCUGCAAGAACCAGCAAAGGUCCUAAUAGAAAGAUACUGCUGGACAUGCUGUGUAGUGUAGGAGUCCAGCGCUGCCUCCCUCCCUCCCCAGGCAGUCCUCCUCCUCCUCCUCAAUUCUCAAACAAGACCCAGCCUCGAGCCAUAGGCUUUGAGGACAUCAUGUACGUGGGAGCUGCAAUAGGAGCGAUUGGCAAAUCUGAGAUUGAUGGACCAAGAAAGGAGAAAAAAAAGAUGGACAGGCUGCUGUGUCUCGAUGGUGGAGGUAUUAAAGGCCUGGUGCUGAUCCAGAUGCUCAUCGCUCUGGAGAAGGAGGCGGGCCGACCCACCAGGGAGCUCUUUGACUGGGUGGCUGGAACAAGCACAGGGGGCAUCCUUGCUUUGGCAAUAAUCCAUGGAAAGUCCAUGGAAUACCUUCGCUGCCUGUACUUCAGAAUGAAGGAACAAGUGUUCAAGGGGUCAAGACCCUACGAAUCUGCGCCUCUGGAGGACUUUCUGAAGCAAGAGUUUGGAGAAAACACCAAGAUGACAGACAUCCGAUUCCCAAGGGUCAUGGUGACCAGCGUUUUAGCUGACAGACAUCCAGGUGAGCUCCAUAUCUUCAGGAAUUAUGACCAACCAUCCCUCAAGAAGGAGCCUCCAUACACCACACAGGCCACCUUCAGGCCCCUUACCAUCCCACAAGAACAACUUGUAUGGAGAGCUGCCCGCUCAAGUGGUGCUGCCCCCACCUAUUUUCGACCGAUGGGGCGCUUUCUGGAUGGGGGACUGUUGGCUAACAACCCGACUCUGGACGCCAUGGCAGAAAUCCAUCAGUUCAACAAGUCCUUAAAGGCUGAGGGCCGUGAAGGAGACAUAAAGAAGCUGGGUAUAGUUGUUUCUCUUGGAACAGGUAAACCCCCACAGGAAGUGGUGACAUCUGUUGAUGUUUUCCGGCCCUCCAACCCUCUGGAGUUGGCCAAGUCAUUCGUAGGCGCCAAGGAGCUGGGCAAAAUGCUGGUGGACUGUUGCACCGACUCUGAUGGUUGUGCUGUGGACAGGGCUAGAGCCUGGUGUGAGAUGAUUGACACCAUCUACCACAGGCUGAGUCCCCAGUUGUCUCAGGAGGUGAUGCUGGAUGAAGUGAGCGACGAGAUUCUGGUGAACAUGCUCUGGGAAACUCAGAUGUACCUGUUUGAGAAAAGGGAAGUCCCCCAGUCUCUGGCAAAAAUGCUGCUGUGAGGUUGACAAAGAAAGGCGAACCAUAAAGAGGGGCCACAAAUAAUGCUAGAAUGAAAGAGUCUGCAAGAACAAAUGCUAUUCUGAGAGACCACAAGAACAAAACAAAAAAAAUUUUAAGACUUCUACUAAAAUGAGGUUAAUGAGCAGAAAGCUGACUGAAAAUAACUUGAUCCUAAUCUCCAAGGAGGAUGGAUUAGUAGCAUCAUUUGACCUUAUCACUGACCUCUUUCUCUGCUUUUAUGACCAGGUUUACAGUUUUUAUAUAAACUAAUUAAGAAGUAUUUGUAGUUUUCUUUUGUGUAAUGCACUUGACAGGUUGAAGGAGUGGUUAAAAACAAUAUCAGACAGAAGAAGCAUACAGAGACCGUUAUCUUCUGAUACAGUCUCCUUUUGUUCACUUAUCAGAUUUUGCUCACUUGGACUAAAAGGGUUAUAGCUUCUUCAUUCCCCUUCAAAUCUGCACCAACAUCUACAAACCUAGUUUCAAAUGUUUUCUCUGUCUGCCGGUAUGAUCAAAGUCACCCUGUAGCUCCUAUUUAUCCUGCAGAACAGCUGUGAUGGUUUAACAGUUCUGCCCUUCAUAUCUGGACCAUGAUUCUAUUCGUGUUUAUGCUUUUAUAUUUAACAUGCACACAUUAUUCUAUGUAAGUAUGUUUUGUGGAGUGGGGCCUAGUGUUGAGACAGUGGGGUGUAUCUGGACAGGAAGCAAGAACAGUAGUUAGUUGGUCCUCAGUGCGUCUAAACGUGUAGGUUUAUCUCUUUGGGACCUUUGUUUUUCAACCUAACUCCACUUAAAGGACUAUUGGCUCCACACCUAAACUUACUCCCCAUUUCCAAAUAUCUGUUCUGGUCCAACAUAUGAUGUGAAAACAGAAACUCGAGUUCACACACAGCCUUUAAUGUCUGUACCAAGGAAAAAAACUGAGUACCAACCUGCAAAGAUAGCUAUGUUUCCUUCCUGGUGUCAUGUGGCUUGUUACUGUAGUACUAUAAGAUCUUACUGUAGGUGUGAACGGGGAGCAUGUGUGUAGGUUAAAGGUUGGUGUCCUCACUCUCACAUACUUUUCUACACACUGGAAGCUCAAGAUGGUUCACCAUGGUAAAAUAAAAAAAACUCAGAAUGUCUGGAAAAAAAGGAGCUCUACAUUAGUUCUUUAACAUAAAGAUAUCCUUGGCCUGGGGUGUCAAAUUUACUUUUAUACCAGGCCACAUCAGCAUCAUGGAGGCUUUAAAAGGGCCAUUUGCGGAUGUGUUAAUGAUGGUUUUUAUGUCUGAAUUUCCUUUACAAAGAGGAUACCCUGUUCUGGUAUUAAUAAACUCAGGCCCCUUUUGUUUUCAUUUUUAGCCACUUUGUGAGCCUCAAAAGAACACACUUCUCUACUUUAUGACAACACUGCAACAAAUAAUUGACAAAUAUGUCAACAUUUCUUAAAAGUAAAUGUAUUUACUCGAUAUCAGCAGGUAAACAUGAUGAUCUGAUAGAAUGGGGAUUAUUUCAAUGUAAAUUAAAAUAACUAAACCUUGUAGACUUGAAAUAAGAUAAAGAAGUUGAAUAUUGUUGUCAUUCAUAUAAAUCACCUUGUUCCUUUUCCAAAUUGGCUUAUCUGCUCAAAAUAAAGGG